AUGCGAAUUCUUCUAUUUUGCGUCCGAUUACUUGUCAAGACUGCCAUUCUUGAUCGGGCUCGGUAUUACGAUUCGAAGAUUCGUCCAUACUUCACACAGAAGCCGGACAAACACCCUGACAAACGGAUUGCCUUCCUUGAGGUUUUGCGGAGCUGUAUCGACAUAGUGGACUCAGUGGCUUGUGGACUGCGUAUCAUGAUGGAAGUCUUCACUUGGACACCAUCUAUUCUACCCACGAAGGUGAUUUUGGAAUAUCACGAAUGCUCAUUCUCUGUGGAAUUCUCAACAUCGCUUCGAGAAAAACAGUGGCGAAUUGGUGAGUGA